GGGUGUCGUGGGUGUGGAGUCAAAUGCAGGAAACAGAGAGUUCAAUGCUGUGCGUCUUUUAAUAGCGCUUAACACACCACAGGGUGCUCACAAAAGUAACGUUCCCAAACACAGGGAAUCAAAAUAUACACUGGAACAAAUCACGGCCAGGCACAAAACACGUACCUCUACAACAGAGCCGAAGGUUACAUAGAAAUAAUCCCGCACAACAACCAGGCGGGCCGGCUGUCUAAUAAAGACAAACUAAUUAACCCUACACAGGUGCUACCACUAAACAUACAAGGAGGGGGAGGAAAAACAAUCAGUGGCAGCUAAUAGGCCGGUGACGACGACCGCCGAGCGCCACCCGCCCGGGAAAAGGAAACACCCUCGGUCGGACUCGUGACACACAAAAGGAUUCUCCAAUGCAAUAGGGUCAAUCUCGUGAGAGACCUGAACCCUUCAGAUAUGUAUCAUGGACUUCUGUCAAAAGGAAUAUUUACUCAAGACAUGAUCGACGAGAUUAAGAGCUCAGGGAUCAGACAAGGCCAGGCCAGGCAGUUGGUUCGAGACCUGGAGACCCGCGGGAGUCUGGCGUUCCCAGCUUUAAUAGAGUGCCUUCAUGAGACAGGGCAGCAUAGUUUAGCAGAGCUCCUACUGGAUGGAGAACCACAAAACCAGCCUCUACCUCAGCCUGUUCAUGUCCGGCCAGUCGUUAGGCCUUUACCAGUUUACUCACCUAUGGACACUGUCAAGCCUGUUCAAGUGGUAACCCCUGUCUAUCCAACUCAAUCAGUGAAGCCUAUGCCCACCACACCCAUUCCAUGUACAGUGGCAAGAAAAACCCCUGAAAGGGAGUUUGGAAAACCCAGGGCAACAGGAAGAGUUAGACAUGACAGUAUUCAGAGUUAUAAGAUGGAUGCCAACCCCUGUGGACACUGCCUGAUCAUAAACAAUGUCGAUUACGAGCCUAAGUCGGUGCUGAGUAAGCACACAGGGUCCAACAUAGACUGUGAAAAACUGGAAAGAAGAUUCAAAUCUCUGAACUUUAUUGUUCUUGUCAAAAGAAACCUGAAACAAAAGCAAAUAAAGCAGGAGCUUUCAGCUUUGUCCAAGAAGGAUCAUUCACAGUAUGACUGCUGUGUGGUGAUCAUGUUAUCACAUGGGACGGAGGUGUGUAACAAUCGCUUCCCCGGUGCAGUGGAUGGGCCCAAUGUCCCAGUUCAGCACAUUACCAACUACCUGAACGGUCAGAACUGUCUUUCCCUACAGGGCAAGCCAAAGAUCUUCUUCAUCCAGGCCUGUGGGGGAGGUGAGAGAGACACAGGCUUUGAGGUGUCUCCUGACAAGGCGAGGCCUUGUAUUGGAGGAACAGGUGACCAGACAGAUGCAAUGCCCAUGUCCUCCAGCAGUGACUCUCUGAGCACUCAGUCUGAUGAGCCAGACGCAAAGGCCACACUACCCACAGCCAGCGACAUACUGGUGUCCUACUCCACCUUCCCAGGUUAUGUCUCCUGGAGAGAUACCCAGGCUGGCUCCUGGUAUGUAGAGACACUGGAUAACAUGUUGGAAGAGAAUGCUGCCACCGAUGACCUGGUCACCAUGUUAAUGAUGGUAAAUCAUGAAGUUUCAGAAUACACGGCCAACGGCCUCUACAAACAGAUGCCUGGUUCCUUUAACUUUCUACGCAAACUUCUCUACUUCCAAGCCCUGCCCUGCCAGAGACCAAUCGUGUCAUGACAACACAAUGUUUCACUCUAAGGAAAUUGUCUCUUCAUGUGCCCUUUUAAAACAAUUAGAAUUUUCUCUAUCAAUGUUUAUUUGGAUAUGUGAUCAAAGAGUACCAAGAUUGUAAUUUUGGUGACAUUUUUCUAAUGUUCUUUCAUUUCUUGUUUUUACACUCAACAUUUUUGAGAAUGCAAAAUCAUUGUGAAAAUCAAAAGAAUUGCAGCGGAAAAAAACCAAUGGUUUACCUUGAGAAGCUCUCUGAGAAAUAUCAAUCAGGACUGUUGUUGACCUUACUAUUAUCCAGAAAAUAAAUUGUAUAUAGUAUGUCAUUUCCAUGUUGAGUGAAUUAGUUUCAGGUGAAUAUUUAGUGAAUGGCUGUGCUGUACUUUAGGUUAACAAUGUGAUGUCCAAAAUGUAUUGUGUAAUUGUUUUCUGGUCAUAUUUGUACACUGUUUUUUAAACGAUUUAAAUGUUGUUUUAAGGUUUAAAGGUUACCGUUGCAACAUGUCUUUUGUAUGGGGGGGUGCCUGUGAGUCAUUGUGGCUUUCAAAUGCAGUAAGCAGGAUUCAGGAGUUUGAUAAUUAUAAAGUAAAUUGAUAUGUUUCGACAUGCGAAGGGAAAUUCCUGAAAGAGAUACUAAAUUCUAAAAUCCACGUCUGGGUCCCUCAAUUCCCACUUCCAGGGGUUGGAAUCCAUUGAUAUUAGAAGUGUUUAAUAUUUUUGGGCUGAUCCUUUUGAUUUAUAUCAUAGAUGUCUGACCACAGCUGUGCAGUACAAUUCCAAUUGACUUGGUCCACAAGCAAGCCAGCUCCAGGGACAACUUGAAGACCAAUCUGUAAUGGUGAAUUAUUUUUAUUUAUAUUCCAAAUCACAGCAUUGUGGUUUCUGAGGCCUGCAACACAAAUAAUCCUUUGCCAUUCUUGAAUCCAAGAGAAGCAGAGGAGCCAGCUCUAACCCAAGAACAGAUCACAAUUUACAAUGCUGUCAUCAAGGCAAAGCGUGGCUACUUUGAAGAAUAUAAAAUACAUUUUGAUUUGUUAACACUGUUUUGGUUACUAUAUGAUUCCAUAUGUGUUAUUUCAUAGUUGUGAUGUCUUCACUAUUAUUCUACAAUGUGGAAAAUAGUAAAACACUAAAGAAAAGCCCUUGAAUGAGUAGGUGUGUCCAAACUUUUGACUGGUACUGUAUGUUUGUGUUAAUGUCAUGGGAUGUGCAAUGCAAUUUACUACAGAUUUGGCAUCUGGAUUAAAUAAAACUUUUGUUCCAUA